UCACUAUCCCGUGCUAAGAAUUUUUAAGUGACAAAUUAAAUUGUAAUGUAAUAGAUAAUCGGAGGAAGAGAAAAUGGAUGCUGAUGGGUUGCCUAUCGUUGGACCAGGGGUCGAUUAUACAAAGGUUGAAGCAAUCCAACAAAAGAGGAGUAUAGCUUUUAUAAAUCAUUUUAUAACACAUACAGCAAGAUUUUUAAAUAGAUUUUCAUGUGUAUGUGAUGAAAAACUAGAAAAUUUAGCAGGUAAAAUCCAGCGGCUGGAAGUAUCUCUAACUAUAUUAGAAGCUAAGCUUUCAUCUAUUCCUGGUUUAGAAAAUGUUACAGUGGAACCAAGUAGUACUUCCACGGCAGCAGCAACACCAGCACCAGCUAAACCUGUCAGCAAUGGUCCAGUAUCAACAUCAGAACCUAGUGCUACAUCUCAACCUCCUGUGGCAAAUGGGCCCACUGCAGUAGCCAUUGAAACACCUCAAGAGCCUGUUGAUACAACACCAAAGAUGACCAAUUCUCAAGACCCAAGAUACUCUAAAUUCUUUAAAAUGUUACAAGUUGGUGUUCCUGUACCAGCAGUUAAAAUGAAAAUGUCUGCUGAAGGUUUCAAUCCAGAUAUUAUAGAUAAGCCAGAUGAUCCUGUAGCUGACAGUGGUGGAGGGAAAGUGUCAGCUAAUAAUCAAGCUAGUGAUAGUGAUUUUAGUGAUAAUGAUAAUGAUGACUCAGAUAGUGAUAGUGUCAGCAGUUUUAGUGAUUAAUGAGGUGAACCAUUGAUGAGCACUAUCAAGUUUUAGAAUGAAAUGAGAGGUAAAAGAGGUAUUAGUAAAAUGGUGCAUUAAACAAACGUUUUCUUGCGAUAACUUUCAAAUUUAAUAUGAGAAAUUAAAUAAAAAAUUAUGAAUGUGGCAAAUUAAUCAUUAUAAGAAGAUUCAUUUUGUUGGUAUUGUUAUGAGACUGAUUAUAUGAUUGUUAAUUAGUUCAUUGGUUCAUUCCAUGGGACUUAAAUUCACUUUGCCUAUAUUAUAUAACUUUAUUAUGCUUUAAUCCAAGUGCACAAUCCAAGUGGAAUGAUCCUACACAAAUAAACUCAUGAGGGCAUUUUAUGUCAAAAUUUUAAUAUUGUGUAGGAAAAUUUUGUCAAUUAUCAUUUAAUGGAAUGCCAUUUCAUGCUUUUCGUUUAAACACUAACCAUCAAAUUAUAUUGAAUUUAUCAGAAUAGUUUUAUAAAGCAAAUGAUGAUGCAAAUUGUGUAGGCAUAAAAUUAUAUUGCUCAGGAGUAGACCCCAAUUGAGAAAAAGUCUUGAUAAUCAUGUUCUGUUGCAAAUGUGGUAUUUGCUAGAAAAAAGAUCACUGCUUGUAGCAAGAUAUUUUUUAUGGUAAGAAUGGGGCCAGAUGAUUGCAAUUUGUAUUUGCUCAGUCAUUUCAAGCAGUGUAAUAUUUUUGUAUGAAUGAAUGUAUGUCUGAAUAUAUUCAAGUCCUCAGACAGUAAGGUUAUAUCUUGUAUUAGUGUUCCUAUUAUUGUUAACUUCAAUCUUUGACUAUAGUCAGAGUCCAGAAGUUGUUCCCCUUAAGUUAAUACAUACACUUGGACUGAUUAUUGAUGCUAUAUUUUAACCUGUAUUAUGUAAUUUUGUAAAUAACUUUGAAAAGGAAUACCAUCACAAGAUUGAACCUAACUAACUGUAUGUAUAAUAAUAUUAUUGUUAUUUUAUAGAUUUGUUAUCAAGAGAAAUACAUUUCUUAUUGUUAAUGUGUUUGUUGUUUUUUUCUUUUAUGCUUCUAGAAGUCUUCAAUCAAUUAUUCAAAUAUGAGGAAGGACUUAAACCAAAUUCUGCUGACUAAUUUCACUGUAUGAAACACACUCACUGAUAGUGU